UGAUUCUAAAGGCGAUUGAGUAUUUUUGGGGUUGGGCGGCGUCGCCACAUUGCCAUUCAAGAGAAGACUGUCAUUUUUAUUCCAGUUUAGAAAAUGACAAAAGGAACUUCAAGUUUCGGCAAACGGAAUAACAAAACCCACGUUCUAUGUAUACGCUGUGGGCGAAGAGCGUAUCAUCUACAAAAGAAGCGCUGUGCAUCUUGUGGCUAUCCAUCCGCGAAAAAGAGAAGGUUCAACUGGUCCGAAAAGUCGAUAAGAAGGCGAACUACGGGUACUGGCAGAAUGAGGUACUUGAGACAUUUACCGCGACGAUUCAAAAAUGGUUUUAGAGAGGGUGUGAAAGCUUCUUCUAAACAUCCUGCCUCUGCAACUUCUGGAAUAUAAUUGGAGACCAUUCUGAAACUUUGUCAAAGCUAGACUCGACCUUUUUGUUCUCUAAUGAAGACAGUUGAAGAUAAAGUUGCAAAAGUUUUCACAUAUUUACUGAUUUU